AUUCUUUUCCAGCAAUAAGCAUCCGUUGCCUAGUGCUGUAACACAUCAAACUCUAGCACUGAAUCUCUAGUCGUUCGCUCCUCCUCUUGCUCCCAAAACCCAUCCAGAGGCUCAGAGCCCGUGCGACAGAAUCAAUAAAGUCCCCAACUAACCAGGCUUUUUGCCCCGCGGGGCCACAGCGGCGGGUGGAGAUGGAAAGAGGAGUGUGAGAGAGGAGAGAGCUGAUCCAGACGCUCACAAACACCGAGCAGAGGCGCACCGAUCCUCCCUGGACUCUCACGCUCACCAUCCAUGGCUUCAGAGACGGAGCUGAGCUUCAGCGAGGACCUGCAGCUGACCGAGGUCAUGCGUCUGAGGGUCCAGUCGCUGCAGCAGAAGGGUCAGAAGCGGCAGGACGGAGAGAGGCUUCUCCUGCCUCACGAGUCCGUUUACCGGCUGGACUUCAGCGAGCAGGACCUGAGCUUCCUCCGCUGGAACGUCAGCCUGCGAGGAACCGGACGCUUCACCGUCACCGGCAUCUGCCAGCUCUGGACGCCCGAUCUGACCAACCUGAUGACCAGGCAGCUGCUGGACCCCAUCGGCCAGUUCUGGAGGAACGCCGGGGACCCCGAGGACCUGCCCAUCAAGUGUCUGGAGGCGGACAUCCAGGAGUUCGGAGAGAGGAUCGCGGAGCUGGCCAAAGUGCGGAAAGUCAUGUACUUUCUGUUCGCGUUCAAAGAGGGAGCGACCAAAGACAACAUCUCCUGCUCUUUGACCUUCGGCAAAAACCACUGAGAGAAGGCACCUCUCCAGGCGUCGCUUC